AGUUAUAAACCUAGAGCCUGAAAAACAAGACUACUUCUUAAAGAACACCGUGUUCAAUAAUUACUAUCAUCUACAAAAUUUGGUGUAAAAGCAAUGACGAAAAAAGGAAAAUCUCCAAAUGUUAGCCACAGCAAUGAAGAUAUCAAUAUGUCAAAAAAUUCAUGCGACAGCCCCUCAGCACACAGAAAACCUCCGUUUGGUGAACACAAUAACAAAGGCCAUCAACCAAAAAACAUCGACUCCAAAAGUCAGUCGCAUACCAGUCAUCAAUCACACAAACACAAACAAAUAAUACAUAACCCAAAACUAGAUGAGCAUCAACGAAACCAAAUCCAAACCUCUACAACAAACUCAGAAGACGAUUCAAGUGACGAAAUCUCCAAAAACACAAAUUCCGUCACCAAGAAUAUUCAGCACCACAUAUUAUCUGUCGCCCAGAAACAAACCACACAGUCUGCGCAGAAAAAGAAGCUUGCAGCUGCAGCGUCCAGUUCUGAUUCCGACUCUAGUGACGAUGAGCAGCCAGUGAGUAAGAAGCCUGCGAUAGUGAAGGCAUCUCCGGUAGUUGGUAAGCCUGCAGUGAGCAUGGUUGGUGGUAAGAAGGUGGUUGGAAAGCCGGCGUCAUCGAGUUCCGAUUCAGAUUCCAGUGAUGAUGGAGGAGCUGUUGCAGUGAAGAAGCCUGUUGUUGCAGCUGGAAAGCCGUUGUCGAGUGGUGUGCCACAGACGACGCCUCAGUCUGUGCAGAAGAAGAAGGUUGCAGCUGCAGCGUCCAGUUCUGAUUCUGAUUCUAGUGAAUGUGGUGUUUCGGGAAGGAAGAAGUUGUGCCUGCCGGCCGACGUCGGGAAUAUGUCGGGUGUAUGUGAUUCUAGUGUGAAUUUCGCUGCCUCUUCUCGUCGGGUGUCAUUUGUGUCUCCUGGUGCUAUGAAUUCUUCUGUGGGCUCUGUUUCCGUUUGCAGUGGUGGUGUGAAUGGUCGUAAGCGUGCUUAUUCCUAUGUGAAGGAUUCUGAUAAAUUGAAUGGUUCGGCGAAUAUUGCUAGCGAUACAUCUUUUAAUCAGAGUGAAACAUCUAUAACAUCUGUUACUCCUGACAGUGCUAGAAAAUUUAGAGCAGGUAGUACACCUUUUCGUCGUGUUGUUGAAGAUGAAGUGUUUGUGCAUCCUAACUUGAGGGAUAAUUCGUUCGAUGCAAAGCGAAAUUCACAUGGUUCAUGGGGCGAAAAAGCGAAUCGUGAUUUCAAGUUUACCAGUGGUAAGGUAUUCAAACAAGAGAAGACUAAAAAGAAAAGAGGAAGUUACGUAGGAGGUUCUCUUUCUACAGUUCCAUGUUCUUUUAAGUUUGAUGAUGAGUGAACAGCUUAUGACAUUCACCUGUAAAUAUGUUUUUGUUAAUAUGCAUUCUGUAAAUAAAAAAAACAGGGUGAUAAAAAUUUCCUUUUUGUAAAUUAGUAUUUUUUGUUUGUUUGAACAUAUAUUGCUACUUUCACUGGUUAGGAAAAACCU